AUGAACAAUUUUAGCAUAACUAAUUUAAAGUCUCCGGAAAACGAUAAUGACGCUGUUCACAAGAAAUAUUUACGGGAACAAAUAAAUUCAAUUGAAGUAAAUAAAAACCAUUUAGAAAAAAAAAUAAGUAAUGUGAAAAGAUUCUUCAAACGUCAACUAAAUAAUAAAAAUUUUGUUAAUGAUACUAACCACAACAAGAGACAAAACUCACAUUCAUCUAAUCAAUUUAAUGCUCGUAAAGUUCUUCAGUUUAUCAGUGGUACAAAAAAUGUAGAAACUAAAGAAUUUGAAAUUAACGACGAAAACAGCAAGGUUCACCACUUACAUGAAAUUAAAACGAGUGGAAAAUAUAUAGAUAGGUUUAGAAUGUUAAUCAUACCAGAUAAAGAAGAAGAUGAAUUUGCAUUGAGUCAUUUUGAUAUGUUAUUGGAGACGGAAACUCUACCAUCAAUGAAUAUUACUAGAAAUCCAGAACCACAAAAAAAAGGUAUAAGCUUUUAUCAGUUUUUACGAGCAACAGAAUUUGAAUACCAAAAACUAUAUUUUGUUAUUAAUGAUGUAUUUACCUCAAUUGAUAUUCAUAAAAGUCAACAAAGUCAAAAAAUUUUAAUAAGAGAUAAUGGAUAUGUUAAUAUAUCAAUCUCUAUUAGAAAACCAAAAUUAUCAGUUCAUCUGAAUAAGAUUAAUGAUUCCAAAGAACAAAUAUCGUUAGUAUCUGUUCAAGUUAUUAUUGAUGAUAGUAAACACAUAGUAGCUUUAUCAGAAAUUCACUUAAAUUAA